CGGUCUCGCAACAAUCAUCGAACAAGGCCUCCGCAAUGUUUGCUGCACCUGCGGUUCCCACACCUGCACCGCCCGAUGCCAGCACGCCCGACAGUGGCUGAACCACCCAUGUUUCCUCCUGCCCGCAGUGGAACUCCGGGUUCCCGGCCCCUUGGCGAGACACGCUCUGCGACUUGACAGUCACGAGGCCGCGCACUGCGUGUCACGGCGCGGUGGGCCGCAUUUAAGUGCAGCGCGGCCGCCUUCGCGACUGCCCUCCCAUCACUCACCUUCGAUACCCCAGGCAGCGCCACUACAUUCUCGAGCCGGACUCACCACACUCCUUACGCCUUACGAACUACCACAAUCUCUAAUCAAUAACUCGGAUACCACCACACUUCGAACACCGACACCAUGCACGCCACAAUCUUCACUGUCGUCGCCCUGGCCGCCGCGCCCCUCGCGCUCGCCCAGUCCGGCAUGAGCCGCAUGACCUCUGCGCCGUCGGCGACCCCCUCCGCGUCGGGCGCCGUCGUGACCAUGAUGUGGGACAACUCACCCACCGCGAGCGCGACCUCGAUGGGCGCCGGCAUGAGCGGCAUGAGCGCGGGCCAGGUGAUGACCAUGUCCAACGGCCAGGUCAUGACCAUGUCCAAGGGCAUGAGCGGCAUGAGCAUGACGACCGCCACCGGCACCGCAAUGGCCGGCAUGAGCAUGAGCGGCUCCGCUGGCAGACGGGAGCUGGCAUCGGGCGCCGUGGGCGCGGGCUGGGUUGUCAUCAGCCUCGGCGCCGGAAUUGGGUUCCUGGCGGGCUUGUUGUAGGCGCGGGAUGUCAGAGGGAACGUUGUGGUUGGAUUUGAUGGUGCUAAAUGCGAUUUCUACGGC